AAUUUCUCAACUAAAUUUUCUAAGGCCUUCUCGGUCCUCCUCCUCCAGACCUCCAGUCCUACACCUCACGAGUUGCAAUCACUGCUGCCGUCCGUUGUUUUGCCGUCGCGUUUCAGUUGUCACCAUCGCCAAUUCCCUGCUUCCAAUCUCGAUUCGCUCCGGCCACCGGCUUAGCGAGUUCCGGAUUUCCGGUUAUUCCAGUCGGCACCAGUGCACCAGCGGUCCAGCCCUCAGGAUUCAGUCAAUCCACAAGCCACAACUCCAUCGCGGUUCCGCUUCAACGUGACCACGCCUGACGCCUCCACUCAUGGUUAUUGGUAUGAAGUGUAUGUAUCCUGAUUCAUCGGUGCUAUGCAAAGAAGAUUUUUUUGGAGUUUGACUAAAAUUUGAACAUUCGAAGAAGCAGAUAAAUUACUGAUUUUGUUGUUGGAUAUUCUGGUGGAGGUGGGGUUUGGGUGGAGCUGAUGAUGGCGCAGCCUAGAAGAAAGAAGUGGAGUGAGGCGGAGGAAAGAACCCUGAUCGAAAAGUAUGAUGAGAUGAUAUGCGAUGGGACUUUAGCUAAAAUGAGAACCAGGGAGAAGAAAUAUAUACCCAUUGCCCUACACGUGAAUUCUGCCCACCACCUGCUCGAUCCAAUUGCAUAUCCAUGGCAGUGGACCUGGAAGGACGUAUCAACAAAAGUUCAGAACAUGAGACACCAGUAUGGGCUUGUAAAGCAGAAAAUCAAGAAAGAUGGGGUGGAGGAGUUUGAUUGGGAGGAAGGUAUCACACACUGGUCAAAUUUCCUUAGGUACAAGGAGGUGUUUGGGGAUGUGAUGCUUGUAUUUAACAGUGCUGAACCACUGGCAGUUGUGGGAGAUGGGAAUGAAAGUAAUAGUGGGGCAUUCGACGGGCUUGUGCAAUUCGGGCAUUUGACUCAUUCUGGGGAUUUCGGAGGUGGUAUGGUCAUGGAUGGAGAUUUAGGGAUGAGCCUUGAUUAUGUCGGGGAAGAAGAACAAGGUGAGGAGAACUAUGAUAAUGGCAGUAAUAAUAAAAGGAAUAAUCCUAUGAAGGAUGAUGAUGGGGGAUUUGUUUAUGAAGAAGAAGAUAUUGAGCCGUCUGGGUCUGACACCCGGAAGAAAAGAAAGGCAAUGAAUGGGGUAGUUGAGAAGAAGGCUUGGGCGUUUCUCGCCUGCCAGUUUUCUCAGUUAAGGGAAAUGGAGACCCGAUUUGAGCAGCGUGAGGUGGAGAGAGAACAGGAGAGGAUGAGGAGAGAUCACAUCCGUAUAGAAAUGGAAAAAGAACGUGAGAGGAAACGGAACGAAAAGGAACGCGAGAGGGAAAUACGAAUCGAGGAUUUGCAGCGACGGAAGGUUCUAGAGUGGGAAGCAAUGGAGAAAGAGAGUGAAGAACGAGAGAGACGGAGACGGGAGGAAGGACUAGUUUUGGAAAGGGAACGCGAGGAGAGGAUGGAUAGGAGGAAAUGUGAGUCUAAGAAGCGGAUUGAAGACAUGAUAAAUCAGCAUCGAGCAGAAAUGGGUCAGAUUCAGAGUCGGAUACUUCAUGAGCAACAGAAUCUUACUGCUCAGCUACUCGGGAUUCUUUCCCAGUGGACAGGUCAUCCGACUACGCUCACGGAUCAUACGGGAGCUACCAAUCAUUACCUUUCGCAGAUGAUGCAGAGUCUGCACCAUGUGAACACUAUGAUACAUGAGGAUGAGAGGGUUGAGGAAGACAAUCAAGAAGAUCACUUCAUAGUUGAUGGAUGAAUUAGCAGAGGAAUAAAUCAAUUUAUUUGAUAGAGAGCAGGAAGAGGCACGAGUCGGGAACGGGCUUGUGCCCACCUUCGUGGGCUGGAAUUUUUAUACAAAAAAUGCAUCUUUGGCUGCUGGCCUGGUGAAACGGCAGCCUUAACCUGUUCACUCUGCUGAAUACUUGAAUGUUCUGAGCUUCUGAGUUCUCACAUUAUAUAUUCUGAAAUACAAGUAUAUAUGUAGUAUAUAGUAGAGAAAUGUUUCAUGUACUUUUAAUCUCUAAGGAACCAAAACUCUACCAGCUGGAACAUUUAAUACUUCUACUUUGUAUUUCUUACCUAGUACUAGUAUGCGAUGCAAUGAUCAGAAAAAG